AGUCGCAUUUUCAUAUAUUGUAGCAUUAGUUGCAUUUUCAAUUCAUCCAACUAUUUUAUAUAUAAAGUUUUAUGUUAUAUAUAAAGCUUUCAUGUAAGUUUCCAAUCGCAAACCUGAAUCAUUUUAACGUAAAUUAGCCAUAAAAAUUAAACGCAUUCGAGUACGCGGUUCUGUAUGCUCAAAGUGCCAGUCAUUCAACAUUUUGAUAAUAGUUGAAACGUUUUGUCGUCAUUCAUGUUGUAUUAGAUCAUAUUAAAAAAAUACAAUGGGAGCUGUACGCGUAAUCAAUGAUGAUGGCCAAUUUUAUGGAGAAAUGGCUAGUGCGGGUACAAAAUUGGUGGUAGUUGAUUUCACAGCAACAUGGUGUGGUCCAUGCCAGCGAAUUGCACCAAUAUUUGAACAACUAUCACUUAAAUAUCCAAAUGCAGUAUUCCUUAAAGUUGAUGUAGACAAAUGUGCAGAAACUGCUGCUAUGCAAGGAGUUAGUGCAAUGCCCACAUUUAUAUUUUACCGUAACCAAACAAAAUUGGGAUUAUGUCAAGGAGCUGAUCCAACUGGAUUGGAAUCAAAAAUUCUACAAUUUUAUGGCUCUGGAGAUUUAGAGGAUUCUGAGAGUCCAGUAUCUGGACAUAUGGAUCUAGCUACUUUCAUUACAAAAGCACAAUCUGAAUGUUUAAAUGAAUCUGAUGAUCACAAUUUCUUACAAUGCUUGAGUGCUGAUGAUGGAUAUUUGGAAAGUGAAUGUGAUGAACAAUUAAUAUUAUCUAUUGCAUUUUCACAAGCAGUUAAAGUACAUUCUUUAAAGAUUAAAGCUCCCAAAGACAAGGGACCAAAAAAUAUUAAAUUGUUUAUUAAUCAACCUAGAACAAUUGAUUUUGAUAUGGCAGAUUCUAAUACAAGCAUCCAAGAUUUAACAUUAUCAGCAAAGGAUAUUGAAGAAGGUAAUCCAAUUGCCUUGCGUUAUGUGAAAUUCCAAAAUGUACAGAAUAUACAAAUUUUUGUAAAAGAUAAUCAAACUGGUAAUGAAGUAACAAGGAUUGAUUAUUUAGCUAUAUUUGGCUCACCAAUUUCAACAAUAAAUAUGGGAGAGUUCAAAAGAGUAAAUGGUAAGAAAGAAGAAAGUCAUUAACAACAAAUAAAGAAUUGUAAGAGUAUAUUAUAUCAAAUAAACUUUCAAUGGCCGUCUUAUUUUAAAAAAAAUAAUAUUAAAAUUUUGUUGUUUCUUAUGGUUUAUACAUGCAUUUUAUGUAUUCAGACUCUCCAUAAUUAUGUAACGAUAUAAUAAAAUUCCGUAGUUUAUGAAAUAACAAUAUA